GAUCUCUUUGUUUUUCUCUCUCUUUUCUUUUUCUUUUUUUUAAGAAAAGACCAUUACUUACUUUUUUUUUGUUUUCCUUUCGCCAAACCCGCAAACAAAGGGCGGAAUAAGAGAAAAGACAGCCAAGUACUCCGUAAGAAAAAGGAAACAGAUUCACUUUUAUUUUUACUUCGCAACCAUGGGCGUCACAAAGAAGAUUCUCAAGGAGGGCAAUGGCGUCGACAAGCCCGUCAAGGGGGACGAUAUCGUCAUGAACUACCGGGGUUGUCUCUAUGACUCCAGCAAACCCUCCGAGCACUUCAUGGGAAGGAAAUUCGACUCGACUGAAGAACGUGGCGAAUUCAAAACGAAAAUUGGCAUCGGUGUAGUUAUCCGCGGCUGGGACGAGGCCGUCCUCCAAAUGUCUCUUGGCGAGAAGAGCAUAUUAACCAUCACUGAUGAUUACGCAUACGGUGCACGUGGUUUCCCUGGACUCAUUCCGCCGCAUGCGACUCUCGUCUUCGAAGUCGAACUCAAAGGCAUCAACAGCAAACGGGCGUAAAGUAGUUCAUCGCGCAACCAUCUCGAUCUCUCCAUACCCUCCCAGUCGUCAUGCAUAAGCACGCUUCGCCUCUCUAACUAGCAUUUCUACUUUACAUUCCCGGGUCGUUAAUUCGCUUUCUCUCUGAACCUUUUUUUUUUCCCUCUUUUCAAAAAAGAAACUUCUGAUCCUUAUUCGGCGUGUUUCUAAUGCUUUUUUGCCUUCCAACACAUAUAUAUAACGGUUCUUUUAUGUCUGGCACCUUCACCUUGUUUAUUUCUAUUUUUUAUUUUUAUCUUUUUACUUUCCCCCCAAAUUCCUGCAUCGGCAUUGACGUUAUGUUUCUCUUUCUUUCCCCCCACCCUUUAAUGAUUCUUUUUCCUUUUCCUCGAUGACAUGGGCAGAUGACAAAGAUUCCUUCUAGCAUGAACUGUUUUAAUUCUAAUGGCAUUAUGAUAUGGAUAUA